AUGGGGGGAUCUUUUCGAGUCUUCCUGUCGUCGAUCAAACGCCGAGUUACUAAUCAAACUACACGGAUGGAUCCAUCUGAGCGUUACUGCUACAACCCAACCUUGCGUUGGAACCCCCGGGUGGAAGAGUAUUUUAUCAAAGCAUACGGAGCUGAGCAUUUCUCACUUAUCUCCACAGCCUUAACGCGUCCAUCUUGUUACUCUUGUAUUCGUGUAAAUACGCUCAAAUCGACAAGUGAUGCCGUUAUUGAGAAGCUUUUGGCAGCCCUAAAGGAGACAGGGCUGCAAAAUACUUGUCAUAACAUUUGUAUAAACAAAAUUGAUGUCAAUGUUAUGUCUGUUGUGGGCCAGAAGCCAAAAAAUACUGUUGAAGAGUCUAAUUUUUUUCGGAAUUUGGAUGACUGGAGUGAGGCGCAGUUAGACUUCUCUGAAAAUGCUGACCCACUGAAGGAAAGCUCAGAAAGUGAUUUCAUUUCGAAGUGUCAAUUACAUGGGUUAGACUAUGUCCUUUUUGUUAAAGGUUCAGGACCACAUGCCAUUGAAUAUGAGUACAAAGAAGACAGACCUCCAAAGGAGGUAAUUGUGAGUCGUAAAUGUGCAGAGGCAGUUCUUCGAGGUGCUCAGGUAUACGUACCUGGUGUAUUGGCUUGCAGUGCUCAUGUUGAGAAAGGGGAUGUUGUUGCUGUUUCAGUUGCUGUCGAACAGCCAAUUCCUAAUAGUGGAUGGGGUAUUGGUAUAACACGAGGGACUGUUCUACAGGGAUUGCAGACAGGCAAGAAACAUAUGGUUCUUCUGCAGUUAUUUACUGUGUGA